UGUCAUCAUGUGUCAUGUCAAUAAAUAUGGCGUCUUCUAGUAAUAUCAUUAUCAUCGUUAACAUAUGUGAAUUAUUUCGUAAAUCGACGUUAACACUGUAUCUAUCACCUAAUUUUCUAUUUCAAAAUAAUAUGUCAAUCAAUUUACUGUGAUAAUCUAUGUUACAAUGUUACAGUAUUUUCACAAAGUUGUCAUGAAUGUUUACAAACUGUAACCAAGAUACAAUAUUUUUCUUGAAGCACAUUACAAUUAAACGGAAAUCACGGCGUCGAAAAAGUCAGAAGAUUCCCCGCAUCUGGCAGAUAGUAGAUAUAAGAUGCCAGCUGCUAGUUUCGGCUCUUUAGCACAGUUACCAGCUAAUGGUGAUUGUGGUAUAAAGGAUGUAUGGAAUCACAACCUUCAUGAAGAAUUUCAAAUAAUAAGACAGGUAGUACAAAAGUUUCAUUGGGUAGCAAUGGAUACUGAAUUUCCAGGAGUCGUAGCACGACCCAUUGGAGAAUUCAGAUCUACAGCUGACUAUCAGUACCAAUUGCUCAGAUGUAAUGUUGAUUUACUAAGAAUAAUCCAACUGGGUCUCACAUUUAUGGAUGAAAAUGGCAAGACACCACCUGGCUACACAACUUGGCAGUUUAACUUCAAGUUUAAUUUACAGGAGGACAUGUAUGCCCAAGAUUCCAUUGAUUUGCUUCAAAAUUCGGGAUUGCAAUUCAGAAAACAUGAAGAAGAUGGAAUAGAGCCAUUAGAGUUUGCAGAGCUUCUAAUGUCAUCGGGUCUUGUACUUAUGGAUAAUAUAAAAUGGCUUAGUUUUCAUUCAGGAUACGAUUUUGGGUAUUUAUUGAAACUUCUCACAGAUCAAAAUUUACCACAAGAUGAAAAUGAUUUCUUUGAGAGUCUAAGAUUAUACUUCCCAACUGUAUAUGAUGUAAAGUAUUUAAUGAAAUUGUGCAAGAAUUUGAAAGGUGGGCUUCAAGAAGUAGCAGAUCAACUAGAAUUGCGAAGGGUAGGGCCACAGCACCAAGCAGGAUCUGAUUCACAUCUCACAGGAAUGGCAUUCUUCAAAAUAAAAGAGAUAUUUUUUGAUGAUAACAUUGAGAGCUCAAGUGGUCACUUGUAUGGAUUAGGAGCACCCUUCUCAGUAAAUGUUAACAAUUUUCAAGACAAUGGAGAAAAUGGCAAUUCGUCCUGAUCGGGAGAAUCGGUGUGCAUGAGCCUCACACCACAGCCACGCGUCUUCCACCUUACCGAGUGACUUCGCGUAACAAGCAGGAACACAUUAUAUGCAUUGUAUAUAGAUGUGGAUUAUUAACUGUAUACAGUCAAAUUCUACUGAUUUUUAUGUUACUUUUGUAAAUAAUUCGGAAAUCUCCAUCCGAUUGCGUAUUUGGGAUAAACAUUAUUAAACACAACAAAAAAUUACCCAUAAUAGAACAAUUACUGACCAAAUCAAGUGUGAUAUCUGCAGAUUGAUUUUUAUAAUGAUUUUUACAAUCUCCUGAAUGAGGACAUUUGCCAAAAUUAUUCUUUGACACUCAUGUAAUACUUGAGAAACUAAACAAUUUGAGAUAUUGAUGUUAUUUUAUAGUAUUUUAAUAUCUAAAAAUUUAUAUAAGUACAUCGUUUUGGUGGAUAAGUAAAUCAUUUACAAUAGCGUCGCAUCACUUUUUCUCAUCCGCACAUCUAUACUAUUAACUAUAGUACAGUUUAUUCGAUAAAAUUUCUCAUUGACCUUAACAUAUUUAUUUUUAGUAACAUAUAAAUGUCCCUUUUAUUUUAUAUUAUGACACAUUGGUGAAAUCAAUACCAUAAAAUGUAAUGGAAAAGCACAUACUCAUGAUAAUAGAUGUGACCAUAAAUGUCGCAAAAAGCCAGUAGCUAUGUUUCUACUUACUAUGAUUUACUCCAUUCACUACACAUCUAUCAAAAAAACAUUAAUAUUUCAGUCAAUCACAUUAUUUCUCAUUAUUUUAGUAACCAAUAUUUUUGUUAUACAGUGGCAUUAAUUAUACGUCCAUAGAAUAUAAACUAAUAAAUAAAUUUGAAAAGGUGGCGCAUCUCUGUGACACUCUGGCAUUCCUUAUUUCCUUUCAGUUUAAGCCUGGAUAUUUAUUGUCACAUGUUAUAUAAGUACAGCUAAUUUUUGAAUAUGUUUAAAAAUGUUUAUUAAUUUUAAUUGUAAAAGUAAUCUGAUUGAUUUAAUGCAUUUUUGUCAGGAAUACUCUACUAGUUUCGGUACCCUCAGAAACCUUACAGUUGGUCGUGACGCUAGCGCAAACCACAAUCUUAUUUUAUCAAUCCGAUUAUUUAAUAAUUAAAAAAUAUUUAUAUUAUAUAUCUUAAAAAAAAAAAUAUUUCAAUAAUGUUCAAUACCUAGUUUAGAAAAUUAUAAUAAUUAAUACGCCUUAAAUUACUGUCAUUUCUGUUAAUAACUAAAAAAAAAGUUAAAUAAUCUUAUUUUUAUUAAUACAUUGAUUAGUUUCCCAAGUAUUAGAUGUAAUAUUUAUUAAUUGAUCAAUUAAUGAUACAUAUUUUAUACACGAUAGAUUAGAUUUAAGGAAUUAUUUUUUUCUUAAGAUUUUACCAUUUAUUUUGUAUCUUUCUUAUGUGAUAUGAUAAGAACAGUUUCAUAUCUGCUGUUUUUGUACUAUUCGAUAAAGAAAGGUAAUAAAAUAAUUUUAAAAUUA